AUGGUUAAGUUCCAGAACAUUGACCAACACCAACCAUCACCCCAUCAUCAACCAUCACCCCAUCACCCCCAUUCCCCCAUCACCUCCAUCAUCAACCAUCACCCCACCCCCAACAUCAACCAUCACCCCAUCACCCCCAUUCCCCCAUCACCCCCAUCAUCAACCAUCACCCCACCCCCAUCAUCAACCAUCACCCCAUACCCCACAUCCUCAACCAUCACCCCAUCACCCCAAUCAUCAACCAUCCCCCCAUCACCCCCAUUCCCCCAUCACCCCAUCAUCAACCAUCACCCCAUCACCCCAUCAUCAACCAUCACCCCAUCACCCCAUUCCCCCAUCACCCCAUCAUCAACCAUCACCCCAUCCCCCAUCAUCAACCAUCACCCCAUCCCCCAUCAUCAACCAUCACCCCCAUUCCCCCAUCACUCCCAUCAUCAACCAUCACCCCCAUUCCCCCAUCACUCCCAUCAUCAACCAUCACCCCACCCCCAUUCCCCCAUCACUCCCAUCAUCAACCAUCACCCCACCCCCCAUUCCCCCAUCACUCCCAUCAUCAACCAUCACCCCACCCCCAUUCCCCCAUCACCCCCAUCAUCAACCAUCACCCCACCCCCCAUUCCCCCAUCCCCCAUCAUCAACCAUCACCCCACCCCCCAUUCCCCCAUCACCCCCAUCACCAACCAUUCCCCCAUCCCCCAUCACCAACCAUCACCCCAUCACCCCAUCACCAACAAUUCCCGGUCCCCAUCACCAACCAUUCCCCCACCCCCCCCAUCACCAACCAUUCCCCCAUCACCAACCAUUCCCCCAUCCCCCCACCCCAUCAUCAACCAUCCCCCAUCACCCCCAUUCACCCCAUCAUCAACCAUCCCCCAUCCCCCAUCAUCCCCCAUCACCCCCAUCCCCCAUCAUCAACCUUCCCCCAUCAUCAACCAUCACCCCCAUCCCCCAUCAUCAACCAUCCCCCAUCCCCCAUCACCCCAUCCCCCAUCAUCAACCAUCCCCCAUCCCCCAUCCCCCAUCCCCCAUCAUCAACCAUCCCCCAUCAUCCCCCAUCACCCCCAUCCCCGAUUCCCCCAUCCCCCAUCAUCAACCAUCCCCCAUCCCCCAUCAUCAACCAUCACCCCCAUCCCCCAUCACCCCAUCCCCAUCAUCAACCAUCCCCCAUCAUCAACCAUCACCCCAUCCCCCAUCAUCAACCAUCACCCCCAUCACCCCCAUCCCCCCAUCACCAACCAUGGAGGGAGUAGGAGUAGCAUCAGUAGUAGUAGUAGUGACAGUAGUAGUAGUAUUAGUGACAGCAGUAGUAGUAGUAGUAGUAGUGACAGUAGUAGUAGUAUUAGCAUCAGUAGUAGUAGUAGUGACAGUAGUAGUAGUAUUAGUGACAGCAGUAGUAGUAGUAGCAGCAUAAGUAGUAGUAGUAGUAGGAGUAGCAUCAGUAGUAGUAGUAGUGACAGUAGUAGUAGUAUUAGUGACAGCAGUAGUAGUAGUAGUAGUAGUGACAGUAGUAGUAGUAUUAGCAUCAGUAGUAGUAGUAGUGACAGUAGUAGUAGUAUUAGUGACAGCAGUAGUAGUAGUAGCAGCAUAAGUAGUAGUAGUAGUAGGAGUAGCAUCAGUAGUAGUAGUAGUGACAGUAGUAGUAGUAUUAGUGACAGCAGUAGUAGUAGUAGUAGUAGUGACAGUAGUAGUAGUAUUAGCAUCAGUAGUAGUAGUAGUGACAGUAGUAGUAGUAUUAGUGACAGCAGUAGUAGUAGUAGUGACAGCAGUAGUAGUAGUAGUAGCAUCAGUAGUAGUAGUAGUAGUAGUAGCAUCAGUAGUAGUAGUAGUAGUAGUAGCAUCAGUAGUAGUAGUAGUGACAGUAGUAGUAGUAUUAGUGAC